UGGAGCGAACCCACACCCAAUUGGCGACACAAUGUGUGACGUUUACGGAAGUAAACAAAGCAGCGUCAUCCAACCGGUUUAGCACAAGGACAGAAAGCAAAGAUGAGGGUUUCUACUAGUCAUCUGCAGCAGCUUGCCAUUUUCACCACUGUGCUGACCGGUGGAGGGGUUGGCACCAUGUACUAUCUACUUCAGAAGAAGUUCACUGGGUCAGACUGGCACAGACUGGCUAUGCAGAAGUUGGAAGCAUGUCCUACUGCCCUGGAAAGCCUAGGUGUCCCACCUUUAAAAGUCUACAACAUCCAUCUGACUGACAGACACAACCGUGUAGAUCAGGACACUGCACAGAUAAAGAUCCAUGUAUCUGGGUCAAAAACUGGAGGUUGUCUUUAUACGUCUUCCAUUAGAGACUCUAAUACCAACAGGUGGAGUCUGGAGCAGGCAGUGCUGAGUCUCCGAGAAGGACAGACCAUCAACCUGCUCAGUCAAACGCAGGCAACAGAGCACACACAGGAACUAGACACAGGUCACUUGAGCUUUACGACUCAAUGUACCAAUGAGAAAAAUCAGAGUUGAAGUUGUUCUACUCCAGAAGGUGCUGAAUAGAGAUCUAACUAUCCACUAUCAGCUCCACUAUCAUUUGUGAAGAGUUAAUUUGGAUGCACAGCUCAGUGAGUGUAAUUGUGAUUAUUGUGACUGCUCUGCUUGUUGUGUUGAGUGUCUGUGUUUUGUUUUGAAUAAAUACUGUAACACAAACA